GACAUGCUCAAUGUAAUUACUGUGAUCAUAAAUGUAAUGAAUUAGUAGUAAGAUAUAAAGGAUAUUUAAAAGUAUAUACUCAUGCUGAGUUAGAAACUAAACAACAAUAUUUUGGAUCUACAUUUCAAGAAUUUGUAAAAAGAAAUCCAGUGAUAAUCAUAAAUAGGCAACAAAAUACAAAUAUACAAAAUUUGCUUGAUAAAAUUUCCCAGUCUGAACAAAAUGAUAUUGAAUUAUCAAUUGCUAGAAAAAUCUUUGAAU